AUGGAAUCUUUCUUCUCCCAGAAAUCUCUCCACCGCCUUCUUCUUCUCUUGCUUGUCUUCUCAGUUUCUCCGAAGCUGGCAUCGUCUUCGCUUGCAUUGCAACGUCGAGUGCUCCUUCAAUGGAAAGCCAGCCUCAGAAGCCAACAAUCACUUCGAUAUUGGAACCUCAGCACCAGCCCAAGCAGCUGGAGAGGCAUAACCUGCAGCCUCCGGCGUCACAGGGUGAUCACCGAGGUUAAUCUGCCGAGCAUGGGUUUGGAUGGGCCACUCCACACUCUCAACUUCUCCGCUUUGCCAUCACUGACCAGCCUCAAUCUCACGUUCAACAGGCUCAGCGAGCAGAUCCCUCCCACCAUCUUCACUCUCUCUGAGCUCAUCUCUUUUGAUGUCCAAGGAAACGACUUCACGGGGACGAUCCCAGCCAGGAUCAGUUCUCUCACAAAGCUGAGAUCCUUAAAUCUCAGUGGAAAUAAAAUUAGUGGCUCCAUCCCUCUUUCGUUAGGCAACAUGACAAGCCUCGACUUCCUCACCCUGUCCGGAAAUGGCUUCUCAGGAAGUAUUCCUGAAGAAAUGGGGGAUCUCGAGAAUCUCCAAGAGUUGGAUCGCUCCGCCAACUUUCUCACGGGAUCAAUCCCUCAAAGCCUGGGAAAUUUGACUCAACUCUCCUUGUUGGAUCUCUCUCUGAAUCAUUUAUAUGGAUCUGUUCUUCCGACGCUGGGAAAUCUUCGAAAUCUUCUUGUCUUAAGCAUCUUCAAUUGA